ACACUCGACCAGAUUUUUUUGAUUUUCGAUUUCCAAACGCGAUUUAUUCCAAUCCGCCUUGUAGCAGACUAACCGGUGCACUUUUGCACGUGUACGCAAGACAGCUUCGCAGACAACAUCUGGCAGCCUCCCGCUCAUUUUUAGUCAGCAAAAAUGGCACCCGCACUUGUGCAGAGGAGAAAGAAGGUGGCCAUGAUUGGCUCUGGCAUGAUUGGUGGCACUAUGGGCUACCUGUGCGCUCUCCGUGAGCUCGCUGACGUCGUUCUCUACGAUGUUGUCAAAGGUAUGCCCGAGGGUAAGGCUCUUGACCUGAGCCAUGUGACCUCCGUGGUCGACACCAACGUUUCCGUCCGUGCUGAGUACUCUUACGAGGCCGCGCUCACCGGUGCGGACUGCGUUAUCGUUACCGCCGGUCUGACCAAGGUGCCGGGCAAGCCCGACUCCGAGUGGAGCCGAAACGAUCUGCUCCCGUUCAACUCGAAGAUCAUUCGCGAGAUCGGUCAGAACAUCAAGAAGUACUGCCCCAAGACCUUCAUCAUCGUGGUCACCAACCCGCUGGACUGCAUGGUCAAGGUCAUGUGCGAGGCCUCUGGCGUCCCGACCAACAUGAUCUGCGGUAUGGCCUGCAUGCUCGACUCUGGUCGCUUCCGCCGAUACGUCGCCGACGCGCUGUCUGUCUCUCCCCGCGACGUCCAGGCCACCGUCAUCGGCACACACGGCGACUGCAUGGUCCCGCUUGUCCGGUACAUUACCGUGAACGGCUACCCGAUCCAGAAGUUCAUCAAGGACGGCGUAGUCACGGAGAAGCAGCUCGAGGAGAUCGCUGAGCACACCAAAGUGUCUGGCGGCGAGAUCGUCCGCUUCCUCGGCCAGGGUUCCGCUUACUACGCCCCCGCCGCAUCCGCUGUCGCCAUGGCAACAUCCUUCUUGAACGACGAAAAGCGCGUCAUCCCGUGCAGUGUGUACUGCAACGGAGAGUACGGCUUGAAGGACAUGUUCAUUGGUCUCCCGGCCGUCAUUGGAGGCGCCGGCAUCGAGCGCGUCAUCGAGCUCGAGCUGAACGAGGAGGAGAAGAAGCAGUUCCAGAAGUCCGUCGACGACGUCAUGGCGCUCAACAAGGCGGUUGCUGCUCUUCAGGCGUAAGCGUUGGCAAAACAGGAGCGGAAUGCCACUUUACUGCGCGGGGCCCAUGAUUUAUACACGCGUUUGCAACGGAAGCGAAAAGACGGUUCCGGUUCGCACCACGCGCUCGUCCCGAAAAAGGGAAGUCGCGGCGCUGUCGGUCAACGCUGUGCGGGUUGCAGGUGCGUGCUUAAGCAUCACAAAGUGGCAGAGCCAUUUUGUCCAGGGAAGUAGCGUCUCAAACAGGUGAACGCGUGCAAGCAUGAGAGGCAUCCGUCGCUGCGUUCGCUCACAUAUCCGAAGGCAACAGAUUUUGGUCGGCAAAAGCCUCUGCACAACCGUGGCAAGAUGAUGGAAACAGUUCGUGUUUGGACAGCAACCGCGUUCGCUCUCACUCAAAACCCUGUAGUCGAGAGGGGUGUCGCAUGACUUGGCUUUUGUGGGAGUGCCCAAAUCGUCUGUGUUCGAGGUGAAGAUCACAUGUCCGCUGCAGUACUGAAAAACACUUGGUGCGCAGAGGCGAGCGAUAGGUGCGCUGACUUUUUUUUUGUUUGUUCAAGGAAGGCAUCUUUUUUUUUUUACCGGUUGUCCACUGUCAUGUCGAAAACGUAGUCCGUGUGAAGUGGUUGGUCCCCUGUUGUCCUUUGUCUAGCCGCGCGUGUCUCAUGGAGCAUUUUUCAACGUUGCUUCAAACGAAUGCUGGUUUCUCGAGUGCACCUGCACCGAAAGCUGCGGGAAAUUCAAAAUCUUUCCCGACAAUGCGGAGCCGUACGAAAGCCGACGUGGGUUAUUUGGCCCAUGAUACAUAGAGGAACUGGUGCUUUGAAGGCGCCCGUAGGCACCUAACACUUCAGAUGGCCGUAGGGAAACUAAAACUUUUUGCUGUUUACCCCUUACCUACGAACUCGUGUGACUGCUGAACGCGUCCCCUUUGUUAGCAACAGUGCAUCAGGGUGAGCAGUUCAAUCCACCGAACCGUCCGGUUGGCGUAGGGAGCAAUAGGAUAACGGGGGCACGUCCUACUGGUUGUAGGCGGAUGUUCGCGAGUCGCUGUUCUGGGUUUU